GUGUAAAUAGUGAGCAGUAUGCAACUCAAAUUGUUUUUGUUUGAGUCUCAAUAUUUGUAUUCGUGCCUUUUUCUUCAUGCUACUUUACAUAUCAUCAUACCUCAACUUUCCGCCCGUCAUCUCAAUCACCCUCCCUCGAUCCAUCAUCAUCACCCAAUAAAGUCCGCAAAUUGAAAAAAGAGAGAGUGACCGAGACCGAAGCGAAGCUAAACGAACCGAACCCUACCACUUCAACAAUCUACCUAAAAACUAUAAGUAACAAAAACAACAAUAAAAAUAAAAAUAAAAAAAAUGAAACAACCACACCGAAUAUCAAAAGUAUAUCUCAAUCUCAACUCAUGUAGUAGGCAAGUUGCAGGUAGGUAGGUAUAGGCAGCCCAUAACACCAUCAGCACCGGAUUCCGACUCCAACUUGGCCGCAACGUCAGUUGGCCAAAACACUUCUUCUCAAUCGUUUGUCGUCGUGACGCUCACCGUUGUUGUCUUAACUUUUCUCGUGUUCGUAUCAAGUCUCAGCGCAACGCAACGUCUUUCAAAUACAAAAUUAUAUUUAAAAAAAAAGUUCACAAUGAAAAAAUAUCGCUCACAACACGCAAUCGAAUUAAGAUUUCGCGCUCCUUAAAAAAAAUUUAAAACAAACUAUCAAAGAAAAAAAAAAACAAUUCACUUUCAUUUUUGCCCUACCUCGCCUCAGCACAAUUACCCAGUGUAACAAAAAAAAACGAAGCUAUUAUAGCACUUCUGAUAAGAAAUAUAAUUAUUCAUUUAAACCAAUAAAUUUAACCAAAUUUGAAGAAAAAUAAAAAACGUCGCUCGUUUCAUUGAGAAUUCCUACGUGUGUGCCCAAGUUAGAUUAUGUUACACAAGGUUAGUCACCAUCAUCGUCGUCGUCAGAUUAAAAACCACCGAUUCGCGGCGCUCGAAGCACCUGAAUCCACGGCAUCGCUUUUGCUGCUGCUGCCUGAAAAGUGAGAGUGAUUUGAAGAGUGACAUAAAAAAGCAACAACAAAAAAGAAGAAUUAAAUAAAUAAAAAAAUAUUAACAACAAAAUCACGCAUUCUUCUCAUUUUAUAUCUUUUCUUGUCUUUUGUCCACUUUUUCAUAUGUGUUUGGUGUAUCUGUGUGUAAAUGAAUGAAUUUCAUAUCAAAGUGAUAUAAAAUACAAUAAAAAUCAUCUGAGAUACUUUUGUAUUAAUUUUCAAUUUGAUUUAAAAACAAAAACCUAAAAACAAAACGACAAAGCUUAAUAAAGAUUUGAAUAUAAACAAAACGAAGUCAGAAAAAUUGGUUCAAAGCAAACAUGUUUCGAUGCUGUGUUCUUGUAGCGGUUAUCUUGAUGACCUUGAGUUCUAUAACACAAGCGUUAAUCGUCCCCCAGGAGCUUCCAUCAAUCCUUUCGCUUGUCUACUCAAAUAUUCCUCCUAUAAGAAAAGGAACUGAUUCCCGCCUUGGGUUUGGAUUCCGUUUGGGUGAACAUGCUGAUUUUCAAGUUGUAGUUGAACUUGGUCCUCAAAAAGAAACCCGACCUCUUGGUAUGAAUCAAGAUGACGAUGACAGUUCAAAUAGUAAAAGACAAGUAAAUCAAAACGAUUACAAAAAAAUUCGAAGAAUGGCAACACGACCAAGACCACGAACAACUACAACAACAACAACAGCUCGUCCUUUAUGGUCAACAGAAUCCCCAAAUGAUUAUGCUUGGUUAAGAGAUUGGUUUAGUGAAUGGACAGGAUUCAAAAGUAGAGACAAUAAUAAUUCCAAUACCAAUACCAAUGCAAAUAAUAAUAACCACUCUCGAAAACCAAGCAAAAUUCAGAAUAAAAACUUUAUAAAUGAAAUAGUGACGAAAAAAGGUUACGUGAAGACUGUUCCAAUAAUUCCAGAAUCCUCAUUAAGACAAUUGCAACAACUCUACAAAAUGGCCACGAUGGAGCCAAUUGUUGUAGAAGAUACAACCCCAAAUCCAUCGUCGAGUGUUGGGAUUAAUGAUGAAAGAAUGAACGAAAUUUUAUCAAAUACACCGAGUCGAUUGAGUAUAAUAUCAAGAUUUAGGGAAAUGCCAUCAGCACCUGAGUCUGGGCCGUCUGUGGGUCCAGCUUCAGCUCCAACUUCAGCUCCAGUUCCAGCUCCAUCUUCAGCUCCAGUUCUAGUUCCAGCGCCAGCGCCAACGCCAACACGAAAAACGAAAGGGGAAAUUACGGAUGAACUGAUGGAUGUAAAUUUAGCGGAGUGAAAUAUAUAGAGUGCAUAGAGUUCCAUUUGGGGGGAAUGAUAUGUACGGGCUUUGGGUUCGGGUUGUGAAUUUAUGUAGUAAAACAAAAAAAAAACGGUGUAUUUUCUAACCUAUAAAAUAGAGAAGAUCGAAAUAGCAAUUAAAUUAGACAAAUCUUAAUCUUCUUGUAAAUUUAAAAUUGCCUUGAAACGCUUUUGUAUUUAAGAAAUAAGAUAUAAGUAUAUGUUUAAUUAUUAUUAAACCUUAUUUAUAAACGAAAACUGUUAUUAUUUAUAUAUGUACCUAUACCUAUGUAUGAUAUUGUAAAUAAAAUUUUAUGGUGU